AUGCGACUCUUCCAGGCUCUCAGGCGGAGUUUGAAGAACGACAAGGAGAAAGUCAAUCACAUAUCCAUCACUCCCAAAUCUGCGAUUGCGAUAGUCCCGCCAAAAAAGGUAAUUCGCGCAUUAUACGACUAUGAGGCUCAAUCCAGCCAAGAAUUAUCGUUUCAGAAAGGCGACUUUUUCCACGUAAUUGGACGAGAAAAUGAUACGGAUUGGUACGAGGCAUGUAAUCCGGCGCUUCCAGAUGCUCGAGGACUGGUUCCGGUGGCCUUUUUUCAGGCCUUGGGCAAGACUGAGCGAGAUAGCGGACAAUCCGAUAAAUCAUCGCCACAGGCGGUGCGAAUGCCCGAUCACGACUCAGGAUAUUCCGAUACUUCAGGUACGCUGGUAGGGACCGAUACCGCGCGAUCUUCCAAAACCAUGGGCAAGGGAACCGGCGCGAUGGUGUACGGGAUAGUAAUGUACGACUUUGCUGCGGAGCGGCCGGAUGAAUUAGACGCCAAAGCCGGAGAGGCCAUUAUUGUGAUCGCUCAGUCGAAUCCAGAAUGGUUUGUUGCGAAACCGAUUGGAAGGUUGGGAGGACCUGGAUUGAUUCCAGUAUCAUUCAUCGAGAUAAGAGACAUGACUUCUGGCCAAGCAGUUCCGGACGCACAGGAGGCAGUCCAAAGGGCAGGCGUACCGAAAGUAGAGGAGUGGAAGAAGAUGGCAGCAGAUUACAAGAAUAGUAGUAUCACACUGGGAAAAUUCGAGGCCGCGACUCCACAGCAGCAACAAUCACUGGAACAGGGUAUGGACCGAAUGAGUAUGCAGCAGAGACAAUCAAAUGGUUACCAGCAGAUCAGACAAUCACAGCAAGUCAAGUCGAUGCAGCAACAGGUCCAGCAGAAUGCUUUCGCCGCGAAAUCCUCCUCCCAACUUUAUGCACCAAUCUCAGCGCGAAUACCUCGAUACUGUUUUGCAGAGGACAAAUAUUGGUUUGUCAUUGAAGCAGCACUGGAAGAUGGGCGGCAUUGGGAGUUAUCGCGAUACUAUGAAGAUUUUUACGAUUUCCAGAUUGCACUCUUGACGGAGUUCCCUGCGGAGGCUGGAAAUACAGGAACGCAGAAGAGAACACUACCAUAUAUGCCUGGACCAGUCAAUUACGUUACAGACGCGAUUACGGAAGGAAGGCAGCAUAAUUUGGAUGCUUAUGUCAAGAAUUUGCUUACUCAACCACCAUACAUCUCGAGGUGUACUUUGGUCAAGCAAUUCUUUGCACCAAGAGAAGGAGAUUACGAGAUAGACCCCAAUGCUGCCAAUGAGGAAUACAGACUCUCCGGAGGUUCUCAACAGUCAUCCAGUGAUUCGCCAACGAAUGGAGCUUCAAGGCAAUCAUCUCGAGGUAAUCUGAAUGGUACUGGUUACUCGGGACUAUCAGCUGCUCCAGCUCCAGGUCUCCGAGCAAACGGUGGACAACCAACUCGACAGACUUCCACUCUGUCUCAAUCAACCAGCUCAGCAUCACCAGGUCUGAAUGGUAGCCAACAGCCUUCUGCAAUCAAGAUCAAGAUCAAAAAGGGAGAUGAGACAAUUGCCAUUCGUGUUCCUACAGAGAUCCAAUUUCAACAAUUGUAUGAUAAGAUCAGGGACCGAUUGAGGAUUCCUGAUGACGAGGAAAUGGCUCUCUCAUACAACGACGAGCCAAGUGGAACACGACCAAGCUUGUUAAGCAACAACGAUCUGGACAUUGCUCUACAGAGGAACGACAAACUCAUGUUAUAUGUUGAACCCAUGUGA